AUGGCCAACCAACACGUCACCUUCCACCCCCGGGACGCCCUCUCCAACACGGCGAGUACCACUCUCCAGACCACGGCUGUCGGCGCCGUCGUUGCCGGUGUUCAGAACACACUACGGAAGCAGAAUGUCGGAGCCAUGGGCAUCCUCACCCGCUCGGGAGGCAUAAUCGCCCUAUACGCUGGUGUCGGAGCCGCCUAUCAAUUCACACUCGACGCGACCAGCAACCUGCGACAAAAAGACGACUGCUACAGCGAAGCAGUUGCUGGUUUCGUCGCUGGAUGCGGUGUCGGUGUUGCCAGACGGAGCCUUCCCUUCAUGCUCGGUGCCGGAGUAUGCUUCUCCACCGCCCUCAGUGCCUACCGAUACGCCAAUGGUAUGCGCGGUGUCGGAGACAUCCGCGACCAGGUCGAUGACGAUGGCGAGGUCGAGCGCAGGGAGGAGCUGAAGAAGGUGCGCAGGCGGCCACUAUCCGAGACGCUCCAGCAACUGGGCGAGGGACGAGGAAUCUAUGGCCCCGGCUACGAGGAGAGGAGGCGGCAACGACUGUUGGAGAAGUACGGCAUCGACGUCAAGGCAGAGCAAUAGUCGGCUUGAAAGCAACAAACCUUUUCUUGGAGUUUACCACAACAAAUACCUCAUCACAAACACCUGGGCUACAUCUGGCUCGUGUAUAUACUAUCUCGACAAUCGAAUUGUUCAUCAAGAUCGUGGCAUUGUCUCUUACGCAUGUGGUGGGAGGAAGUCUCUCAGUCUCAAUGUGGACCAAACAAAACCCCAAUAGGCUCUGUUAUGAAUUGGCGAAUACUCUGAACACUGAUGUAAUGAGCCAUGCAGCGCGGGCUGUGUAUAAGCUUGAGUUUCAGCUAUCCGCUCUGUUCAAGGCCAAUUGGUCAACGAGAAGAAGGCGCGCGAUAUUGUGUGAUGUUCAGAUAGCUCUUGUCGAUUUUCGGUCUAAAUCUAC